AUGCCCAUAUCCAUGGUGAAAGAGCAAAUAUCAGACAAUGAUGGUGUCAACCAGCAUGAACAUCAAAUAUCGCCAGUCUACGCCGAUGAUUCGGGGCAACUUUUCGCACAUUGUCAAAAUGGAGAGUGGAUGGAACCCUUUUGGGAUUGUCAUGACGAACCCGUGUACAAUACGGAUGAAGAUGAAAAGGAAAGUAUCAGCAAUGCAUCUUCAUCACAAUACUUUGCAAAGCAAGACUUCCGCGGUUGGCAGUCGGCGUAUAUCAACCCUAUGGGAUUGACUGUCUUCUUGGGCGGGCUGGCAGUCGUUGCACAUCCCUUCUUUUGGAUCGCAGGGGCCCUUACAGCGCUGGGGACGGUCAAGGCUUGUCUGGAAGAUGAGAAUCUGUGUACUGGUGAUUGGUUGUAUUCUCUAACUGAUGAAGAACAACGAAAGGCACUCGAAUUGAAGGAUAACCAAAACCUAUCACGAGAAGUGUCCGAAGUGACCUAUGAAUAUGGGGGAACGGCAAAAGUGUUGACAGAAAAGAAAACGUUACUGGCCAUCGAAGCGGGGCCUCCUAUCAUUCCAGAAGAAGAGGAAACAGAAAUAGAAGACGAAGAUGACUUGAAAACGGUGAACGGAGAAACUGUUGACACGGCUGCUGUAAACAAAAGUUUGGAUCCUAGACUGUUAAAGAAUACACCAGACGCAUUGAACUGGGUCCAUCGGUUCUAUCCGCCACUGGCCGAAUGUGCCAUGGAAAAUGUGACGUUGGUGGGACUCAGUGCAUUGGACUUUUUCAAUGUGUUUUUUGCCGACGAUGCCCCCUUUACUUUUGAAGAGCUACAACGGAAGCGACAAGACAAACAUAUUGUUUAUGGUCAGUGGGAACAACUCGAAAAUGUCAAGCAAGCCUCAUUACACCCAGAAUCAUGUAGAGAUCUGAGUCUGUUGAUGAAGGAAAGAUUGCUAAGAUUCAAGACCAAGACGAAUAGUUUCUUUGGGCCGCCAUAUGCCGAUGCUACCAAAUCACAAAGGGCGUUAGUGGCAUCGAAGAAACUUUUGGUCUUGGAGGCAACGACCACUCUAAAGGAAGUUCCAUUUUGCGAGCGAUUUUAUGUCAUGGAGCGAUGGGUGGUCACGGCCGAGAAGAAAGAUGACGUUUAUCACGCAUCCUUAUCCAUCUCUUUUGAAGUAAUCUUUGUGGAGAGUUGCCCAUUUGAAUCGCAAAUUGUCUCCAGUUCAAAAAAGACAUUUCUUGAAAUUGCCAAUACCUGGCUGAGCUUGGCGCAGCAAGCCUUGAAACAAACCGAACAGGCAAGAUCGGAGCGAUUGGAACAAUCCAAGAAUGCGAAGGUGCCUUCUUCGAUUACCACCACGAGGAAAGAGGAAGAUUCAGCUAUUGAAGUGAAGCAUGAAGGACAACGACUGACGUCUAUUAUGGAUGAUCAUGGUGUGGAUUGUGGUCCUGUAGGCAAGAUGAGUUCGUCAAGAAAUCGACGAUUGAACACCUUUCGACAUAACUUGUCCAAGCUGAGUGUGUCCAAACUGACCAAGAAAAGAACGCCUUUAUCUACAAGCCCCUCGUCGCUAUCGAGGCCGACAGCAACUCUUUCAGCAUAG